AUGUCUAAGUUGACGGACUACCGUCUCUUGUCUUUCGACGUCUAUGGCACGCUUGUCGAUUGGGAAUCAGGCAUCCUGGCUGCAUUGCAGCCCACCCUCGACGCCAACAACCGCACUGAUUUCUCGCGCCAGCAGCUGUUAGACGUUUACCAUGAGCUUGAAGUCACGCAACAAAGCAAGACUCCAGACCUCACUUAUGCCGAACUCCUCGCCACGAUCCACCCUCAGAUAACCGCCAAGCUUGGACUCGCUCCGCCAACAGCCGAGGAUUCUGAAAAGUUUGGACAAUCGAUUGGCGAAUGGCCCGCUUUCCCAGACACAGUGGACGCACUGGGCCGACUAUCAAAGCACUACAAGCUGGUCGUCCUCUCGAACGUUGACCGAAAGUCGUUUGCUGCAACCAACGCCGGGCCACUCCAAGGCUUCAAGUUUGACUUGGUAAUCUCGGCUGAGGACGUGGGCUCUUACAAGCCCGACCUUCGCAACUUCGAAUUCAUGCUCAAGAGGGUAAAGGAGCAGUUUGGGGUGGAAAAGUCAGAGAUACUGCAAACGGCGCAGAGCCAAUUCCAUGACCAUCAUCCGGCCAAGGAGAUGGGCAUAAAGUCGAGCUGGAUUGUGAGGCCGGGGACCUCAAUGGGCAAUCGGGACAACGCUGUGUACGACUGGAAAUUUGAUACUCUUGGCGAUAUGGCGGAUGCAUUGGAGUAA